CGUGCUCCUAUCAGCACAUCGAUAUUUUUCCGACAUUCCUAACGUACAUUGAUAAAAUGGAGCCGGGCGUGAUAAAGAAAUUAGAUGAAGUCGUUGUAAAUAGGAUCGCAGCUGGAGAAAUCAUUCAAAAGCCGUCUAACGCACUCAAAGAGCUCGUCGAGAACAGUCUAGACGCGAAAGCAACUCAUAUCCAGGUAACUGUGAAAUCUGGUGGCCUGAAACUAUUGCAGAUACAAGACAAUGGGACAGGCAUACGACGAGAGGAUCUUCCUAUCGUGUGUGAACGGUUUACAACGUCAAAGCUAUCGAAAUUCGAAGAUUUAAGCAAUAUUGGAACCUUCGGAUUUCGCGGAGAAGCUUUGGCAAGCAUAAGCCAUGUGGCUCACUUAUCCAUACAAACUAAAACAGCUAAUGAGUCCUGUGGCUACAAGGCCACAUAUGAGGAUGGGCUAUUGAAGGGACCACCAAAAGCUUGUGCUGGAAAUCAAGGAACAACUAUUAUCGUGGAAGAUCUCUUCUAUAAUAUGCCACAGAGACGGCAGUGUUUAAAAUCACCUGCCGAAGAAAUGCAAAAAAUUUGUGAAGUCAUGUCCAAAUAUGCGGUCCACAAUUCAAACGUUGCCUUCACACUGAAAAAGUAUGGCGAACAGCCAGCAGUACGCACAGUAGGCAGUAAUUCUCGCGAAGAAAAUAUAUCUCACAUAUACGGACCGCAAAUCGGUCGCACUUUGUUACCCGUUGAUUACGAAGACGAUGUACAUAAAUUUAAAAUGACCGCACUGGUAACAAAGGUAGACUAUUCAGCUAAGCGGGGCACAAUGUUACUGUUCAUAAACCAUAGACUAGUGGAUUCUGCUGCCCUAAAAACAGCCAUUGACGGAGUCUACAGCACCUACCUGCCAAAAGGGAUGCACCCUUUUAUUUAUAUUAGUCUAGAAAUGGCUCCCAAACAGUUGGAUGUUAAUGUUCAUCCAACAAAGCAUGAAGUUCACUUUCUGUAUGAAGAUGAAAUAAUUGAUAAAAUCAAAAGGCGAAUAGAAUUAAAGUUACUGGGUAGUAAUGCAGCUCGUACUUUUUACAAACAGCUACGUUUCUCAGUUGUACCCAGUUCUGAACAUAAUAUCGAGGAGGCAGACGUAAAAAAUAAAGACAAGGAGCGUAAUGAUAAAGAUCGUGUCCGCACCGAUUCUAAAGAACAAAAAUUAGAAAAGUUUCUUUUGCAAAAGCAAACAUCUGAACCUACCACCAAUUCAAAUUCUACGAGUAUCGGUAAUGUGACUGAUGACAGCUUGUGCGUUGGUACUUCGCGCAAGUCGCAGGUUCAACUUACGAGCGUAAAGCAAAUGCAAGACAAUAUAGAGCGACGGCUCAAUAUUAUGUUGCGUAAGACACUUAAAGAGCUUGUUUUUGUGGGAAUAGUGGACCAAACAUUUGCCCUGUUUCAGCAGGAAACUAAGCUAUUUUUAUGCAAUACAAUCAAGGUUUGGUAUGUA